AUGCUUUCUGCUGCCAAACGUAGCUUUUCUACUACCCGUUUCAACCCAUACAAGGUGACCGUGUUGGGCGCCGGUGGUGGUAUUGGUCAACCGCUAUCGUUGCUGUUGAAAUUGAAUCAAAAAGUCACCGAUCUUAGAUUGUACGAUUUGAAGGGCGCUCCCGGUGUUGCUGCCGACUUGUCCCACAUUCCUACCAACUCGGCUGUGAAGGGCUUUUCGCCUGAAAACGAUGGCUUGAAAGAAGCCUUGAAGGGAACUGAAGUCAUUUUGAUCCCAGCAGGUGUUCCACGUAAACCCGGUAUGACGCGUGACGACCUUUUCUCGAUCAACGCUUCUAUUGUGCGGGACUUGGCUGCUGCUGCUGCUGAAAACGCACCAGAUGCGGCCAUUUUGGUGAUCUCGAACCCAGUCAACUCCACCGUGCCAAUUGUGUCGCAAGUGCUAAAAAACAAGGGUGUCUACAACCCUAAGAAAUUGUUUGGUGUGACCACCCUAGACGUGAUCCGUGCGUCCCGUUUCAUCUCGGAAGUGGCCAACACAAACCCUACCCAGGAGAAGGUUACCGUCGUUGGUGGACACUCCGGUAUCACAAUCAUCCCAUUGAUUUCGCAAACCAAGCACAAGAACCUCGAUCAAACCACACGCGAUGCCUUGAUCAACAGAAUCCAGUUUGGCGGUGACGAAGUUGUCCAAGCUAAAAAUGGUGCCGGUUCAGCCACUUUGUCUAUGGCCCAGGCCGGUGCCAGAUUCGCCAACUCCGUCUUGCAGGGUCUAGACGGCGAAAACGACAUCAUUGAGCCUGCCUUUGUCGACUCUCCUUUGUACAAGAGCGAAGGUAUCGAGUUCUUUGCUUCCCCUGUGAAGUUGGGUCCUCACGGUGUCGAGAAGAUCUACUCCAUUGGUGAAACUUCUUCCGAGGAAGACGAGCUUUUGGCAAAGUGUAAGGAAACUUUGAAGAAGAACAUCGAAAAGGGUCUAAACUUUGUCAACCAGGCCUGA